AUGUGGGACGUUAAAGAUAAAACGUUUGUAAUUACGGGAGGUGCUUCCGGACUUGGAGCGGACUAUGCGAAGGCUUGUUUGGAACAUGGAGCUAAGAAUGUAGCCAUCCUAGAUAUAGCUGAAAACUUAGGCAACGCGACAGCUGAACAACUGAACAAAACUUAUGGCAAUAAGGUGAUAUUUGUAAAAUGUGACGUAAGCAAGGAGGAGGACAUCGUGAGCGCGUGGGACGCCGUGCUCGCUCAGUUCAAGCAGAUUGACGUCAUCAUCAACAACGCUGGCAUCAUGGUGGACUCUCCUAACGUGUGGAGAACUGCUACCACCGUUAAUUGGCAAGGAUUGGUCUCUUUUACUUUAAAAGGCGUCAGCCACAUGAGGAAGGACGAGGGUGGAGCUGGUGGCACUAUCCUGAACGUCGCUUCGAUUUUGGGUUUAACAAAACUGGCUUAUUUACCAAUUUAUUGUGGCGCUAAAAUGGCUGUUGUGCACUUCAGUCAAUGCUUAGCGAUGAAACCAUUCUAUGAAAACACUGGUAUAAGAGUGUUGACAAUGUGUUUGGGAUCCACUGACACACCGUUAGCUCAUAACUUAGAGACAAAGUCUUGGGACCCAAAAUUUGGAAACGAGAUGGUUGUCACAAUUACAAAAAAGUUUAAAUGUCAAAAAAGGGAAUCAGCAGUCAAUGCCUUCAUUAAAAUGUUAACUGAUGGUAACCCAGGAUCUACUUGGUUGAGUAUUGAUGACAAACCGGCUCGAGACAUUACAUCUGCAAUUGACAAAGCAUUUGAAGAAUUUGAGAGAGUUAUGUCAGAAUAA